UAUAGAAAUUGAUUACUACUCCACCAAGAAGCCCCCUUAAGAGUGGUUACCAGAAUAAGACGUGUUGAGUUGAAAUUGGCAGAGCAUUUUACAAAGGAGUUCAGACCUGAAUGGGGUAGCCUUGCUGCACUGCCUUUCUCUUUGCCUCAGUAUUACAGGAUUGAAGAAUUGCUGCUUCUUGUUUAGGAGGUUCAUUUCAUUUCCCAUUGCUCCCAACUUCAUGCUUGUCAGCACUGGAAACUUCAAGUGGCUUUUAGUGGAGUAGGCUUCGGUUUCUCCCAAUCAAUUCUGCUAGGUUUUUUUUUUAAAAUAGUAUUGGUCUUGUUGGACGUUUUAACUAAAUUAACAUGGCCCGAAUGAACCGCCCAGCUCCUGUGGAAAUCACUUACAAGAAUAUGAGAUUCCUUAUCACUCACAAUCCAACCAAUGCAACCUUAAACAAGUUCAUAGAGGAACUUAAGAAGUAUGGAGUUACUACAGUAGUAAGAGUAUGUGAAGCCACUUAUGAUACUGCUCCAGUAGAGAAAGAAGGCAUUCAGGUCUUGGAUUGGCCCUUUGAUGACGGAGCACCACCAUCUAUCCAGAUUGUUGAUGAUUGGCUAAACCUCCUAAAAGUUAAAUUCCGUGAAGAGCCUGGUUGUUGCAUUGCUGUACACUGUGUUGCUGGUCUUGGAAGAGCACCUGUAUUAGUUGCCCUUGCACUCAUUGAAUGUGGAAUGAAGUAUGAGGAUGCAGUGCAGUUCAUAAGACAGAAGCGCCGUGGAGCCUUUAACAGCAAGCAGCUUCUCUAUUUGGAGAAAUAUCGUCCGAAAAUGCGACUGCGUUUUAAAGAUUCAAAUGGUCACCGUAACAACUGUUGUAUUCAGUAAAAACCAAGCUGCCUAUGUUUCUGGCUUUGGAAGUAGAAGAUGAAAUCUAUAAUUGGGCAGGUUACAUGGAAAACUACAUGUAUGUCUUAAAACAAGUUACAUGAAGCUUCUAUAGGUGUAGGCCACAAUGUUGGCAGGAGAACAACUUUGUUUAGAUUAUGGUGAUUAUGAUCUUUUUAGUACAUGAAAUAUACUUGGCCUUUCAAAAUGUCUUAUUAGUAAUUUGUAUCAUUAAACUAUCCUUAAUCAUGCAUUUCAGGUUUUUUUCCAUCACAGUCCCAGUAGUCAAAUCUACCAUGACAUGUGUAGAGAUUAGGUGCCAAAAGCCCAACACACUAUUUCUGUUUACCACAGUGUAGUUCUUAGUAACUACAGCUAUCUGGACCUUUGCCCUAUUAGCAGCUGUCUUCUGUUUUGUAGAUAGGGCUUCAUAGAAUAAUCUGCCUAUUCACAAUAUUUUGUCUUUCACAAUCACACUAGAAUGAGUAUCAGGAUUUUCACACAAUUAACUCAAUUACUUCUGGUACCCUAAACUUUUGUUUGACCCUCUUCAUUCACCUACAUUCUCUGGUUAACUCAUAGAAAAUAAUCCUUCACGCUGUACAGAAGCACACAAGUCUUUAAUGUCUCCAGACAAAAAAGCCUUACAGUUAAAUAUUGGCACUAAAUGUGCAACUUAGCAAAGGGCCUGUGAAAGGAUGAGAGGGGACUAAUAAAUACUUCUAGUAAAAUGUUGCCUUUUGUCUUGUGCAGGAAGUGUAGAAUAUGCCCUUUAGUAAAUAAUUUUUUAAUGUAGAAAUGCUUUAUUGUAGCUGAACACUCUUAAUCAUACAUUUCUGAAGAUCUUGUAAUUUCUUUUAUUGUACUUCUUGAAAGUUGUUUACCAACUAUUGCUUUGUUAGAAGUGAUUUCGUUUUGUUUUUUCUUGAGUUUCUGCCAUGAAUUUGGCAGACCUCUGUAAUAUUUUGUAUGCCUUUUGACCUGCGUAACUUAAUAUUUGGAUACUUGAUAAUUUGUUAUGUAAUUGAUAAAAUGGUGGUGUGUAUUAAUGUUAAACCAUAUAUUUAUACUGUUUUGGGAAUGUGUGGUUAUAGUACUGUGGGAGAAAUAAUUUGCCAGUGUUCACCAGCUUGUAAAAUCUAGUGUGAGAGCUCAUCUAAAUAAACUCAAAACUGCA